CCCCCCAUACCGGUGGGUUGGUUCGUGAUUCUCGUACUGUCCUCGCUCUCGGGCUCGCUCGCUCGCGUUGCUGUUGUUGUGGAAUUGCGUUUUCCGAUGGCUUUCCCUCCAGUUUGGUGUCUGCGCGAGCAAUGAAGCCCCCAAUCCUCGGCUCCGGUGCGCCUGGUGUCGCCGGCAGCUUCUCAGUUUUCUCGAACCGUUCCGGCGCGAUGCAUCGUGGUCUCACUUUGUAGCCAGCUCCUGUGCUCUCUGUUGUGCCUCCGCGUCUGCGUUUGUUAUUAUGUUUCGUAAAUCACCUCUCCCAAUCGAAUAGUAUUUUGUGUGCGUUUGUUGUGCAGUUUGUUUAAGCAACAGAUUAAAAUAUUGAAUUCAAGUUCAUACUGUACUGUGACAACUUUUAUAAAAACCGUCUUAAAGCAAAUUGUGUAAAGUGCAUGUGCGCUUUGGAUGCGCUUGAUGCGUACACCGAAAUAUUCAACAGAGAUGAUGUGUACCUAGCAGUGCUCCUCCGUGCUGAAGGUGUUAAAUGUAGAGUGACAUACAUAUCGUAACCGAAAAACAGCACUAUUUGAACAACAAAAUGAACGAAAUGGCCGAAAUGGUGUUGGGCACAAAGGUGUUCCAGACUAUCAGCAACAUGGAGUACUUCAUAACCAGUUGAGUACCGGGGAAAUCUCUCUCUUCUAUCUACUCACUAACAACGAAUCGAAUCGCUCGAUCGAGAUCGAGAAAGAGCUACUAAUCCACAAGAUGUGGUGAUAAUAAUGGUUUAAACGGAGACAUUUUUCUCCCCACAAAAUUUCCAACAAUUUCCUAGCCGUUAAAACAUCCGGCGUGCCUGAUUUCGGCUUCACCUUUUGAAUGUUGCCUCCGUGAGGUGAGGAAAGUGAACCCCUCAUCGUGCUGGCGGUUAAUUUGGAAUCAUUAGCACCGAACCGAAGUUGCGUUCAACUCGGUGAUAAAUGGAAUACAUCUCUGCGUCUAUCGCAAUGCAAUACUUUUGCGGAACGAACAUUUAUGAUGUUGGCGUUGCUGCGAUGAUGGGGUGGUAACGUACGACAGAGAGCGUUCAGAGAAAGGUUGCAUUUCUCGGUAUUGCAACGUGGGAUGGCUAAAACUCAUCAAUCUUUCCCGAUGGUUAAAUGCCCGAAAAGUGGUCUACGAGGAGAAUUGUGUUUCAGGCAGAAAGCAGUGCCGGAUAAAUAUACGAAUGGAUGGUUGGUUGAGUUCCCUUCACCAAUCUUGAAUCGGUUGCUUAGUGCGACAGUAGCGCCCUGCUGCACGUAAACCGUGCGUCUUCUUUCCCUAAUUACGGUGAUAAUUGGGCUACAAUGUUAUGCCAAGAUGGAUGGAUCCAUUUUCCUAUGACCACCACCACCGUUGCCUGCCGGUACAUAGGACGCAUUUUUCCAUGCACUCGUAGGUUUUUCCUCUCUACGUUGUAAAAAGGCCACAGAAGGGCAAACACAUCCCAUUUGUCGUGCCCCUCGUGUUUCGCCUAAUGAGAAGAUCAUCAUUCAAAAAGCCGUACGAUGAUCAUUAUGGAACACGACGUACAAACGGGCUCGGCUGAUUAUCGAAAAGAAGACGUGUUUUAUCGCUUUUAUCUCCCGGACCGGACCGGCAGAGCGUCUAAUUCCGCGCAAUAGAGCGCUUGUGGAUCGUGUUUUGGUUGAUGUCUAUUUCGUGGUUUGUUUUCUUUUCGUUUUUUUCCGUUUGCAUUACCAUCUCUUCCGUUUCGUUUUCCAUGGAAAAGAAAAUUCCUUCAUUUUCCCAUUUGGCUAGCUUCACACCAUCUUUGUUUUGUUGUUUAGUUUUUUUCUUUUACUUAAUAAUAACCGUUUUUCAUCAUCGAGAGCAGCGCGCUACCAAGCGGGGGUGCUAAUUCUUUUCCCCCUUUUUUCGCAUCAUCACCAUCAUAUCCAGCCCGUGGCUACAUAAGUGAAGCUCAUUUGAAUAUGUUCCAGUUAUGUGUGUGUGUUUGCGGCAGCGCGCGAGCUCCAUUAUGAAGUUGUUUUGUAAAAAAGGGAAAUUGUCGAGAAAAGUGUGUGCUUCGUGAACUGUUGAACCCUAGAGUACUGCUACGGGUAUCCGCGAAAGAAAGCAACACACAUCCAGCGCUCGCGGGCCGUGAUAUCAUGUGCUUCUUCAUCAUUCCAAGCAUACCCAACACCCGCACCAGGGGUGGUCCUAUACAGCAGCUUACGGAAUGCUCAUCGAAUGCGCUAGUCGGUUAUUUAUGCGUGUGAAAAUUAAAUACCUCCUCACCACCCCGGGACGAAGAGCGACGAGCUGGGGUGUUGUGAUGGUUUCGGAUCAAACCGCCACAACCUCUAUUACCAUCCGCGUCUCUCGAUGAUAUUGAGUAAUUACGCACAACGCGCGUACACACCUUCCUUAUGCCCACGCACAACUUCCAAGAAAUUAUCGAAAUCAUUGUUACCAGUACGGCGGCGGCGGUGUUGUGUUGCUGCCAGACAUCCAUGCAUGCAAAAUCGUU